CAUCUGUCCUGGAGUGGGGGCCACGGGAAGCCCGCCGAACAAGCCCUGGAGGGCCCGAGGAGCUCCCGCGGCCCGGGAGAGCGCGGGGCCCGCCGCGGUCUCGCUCGGCGAGGCUGGCCCUCGCCGAUGUCCUCUCCGCCGGCAGCUUAGGAUCCCCGCGGUGGAUACUGCUGCGGCCCCAGGCAGCUCGGGGCGCUCGGGCCGGCCACGCGCAGGCAGGCAGCCUGUCGGGCUCACCUAA